AUGGCAGCUUGUCCCUGGCGUUUCUUGACUCCUGGUGGUUCCACUGGCUGGAAGUCUUGUCGCAGGAGUUCGAUAUUGGGAUCGCCAUUGCGGCGACCAAGAGCAUCACAAUCCCAGACAAGCGUUGAUGAGAUUGAAGAGCUGGCUGUUUCCCGACAGAAGUUCCACGAGGAGAGACAGCGGAUACAGGCGAAACAGCUUGAAGCUGAAGAAAAGGCUCAUCAGAAUGCUGAGCGAGAACAAGCUUUGCUCGAUGAGCUGAACGUCCUGGAGACCCAAAUUGCUGAGCUUUCUGAAAGGUUGCAAGCUACAGUCGAAAGCCCACAUGAGGAGCAACGCAAGGAACGCAAGGCAGAGGCAGCCUCCAAACGGAUGGCAGCGAUGACUAUGCUCGGCUGUGAGCGGGACUGGCUUCAGAAGGAAGUCACCAUUCUAAAGGGUCAAUCGAGUAGUCUGGAAGAGAAGGUUGUGCAGCUUUCCAAACAGCUUGAGGAUGCGAAGGCUUCUGCUGCGAGGGGGGCUGAAGAAACUGCACAGUUGAGAUCCGAGCUGCAAGAACGCCGUGAGGAGCAAGCUUCAUUUGCAGCUCAGCAGGCUGCGCAUGCCAGAACCGAUGCUGGUUUGCGCUUGCAGGCAUCAUCCCUAGAUCAUCAUGUCUCCCGCUUGGUGCAAGCUGUUGAGAAGGAGCAAGACAUGCAACAGAAGGAGCAGGAGCGUUUGAUGAAGCACCAGGAGUCGCACAAAGACAAGGCUAAGAAUGAACAUUUGCGAUCCGAAGAUCUGCUCAGGCUGCCAGCCAGGCUUCAAGCUGACCAUGAAGAGGCCCAUCGCUGUAAGGACCUUGCUACAGAACUACGGCACGCAAAGCAAGAGUGCCAAGCAAAGUUGGAGAGCUACCGCGGGUAUCAGGAGCGCCUGAACUUUGAGUUGGUGCAUUGGCGGCAAGUAUCCAAGCAAGCAGAGGCAGAGCUGGAGGCUGCAAAGAUCAGUCGCAGCAAGGUGGAGGAGGAGCUCACUUUGGAAGAACGGGAGGUGGAGGAGCUCACCAAAGAAGUUGAUCGCAUCGAGGGGAAGCAUUUGGAAGCACUCGAGACGAAGUUGCUGCCCCUCCGAGAAAGCUGCGCACAACUUGCUGAACGUGAGCUGCAGCUGGUGGUCCAGGAACAAUUGGAUCGUCACCGUUCACCAUCUCCACUUCGACAGGUAGUACAAGCACCGCCUGCAACACCAUGCUCUCCAUUGAAUCGAAUGGCCACAGGCAUUCCAGCUCUUGGACAUGCUGGUCAUCGCCAAUGCCUUCGCCCAGCUGCCAAGGGCUUGGGAUCACUUCCAAGGGCUGCGCCAAAGCCGCUGCCAGUUCUGGUUGGAAGCAUGAGACGAAUGUGA